GCUGAUUUCUAUUAUCCAUCACCAGACACAGCACCAGCAACAACCAUUUUUUUCUCUUUUUUUUCAGGUUCUCUGUAAAUCUAACCUCAUUUCCAUGGCUUCUGCUUCUUCUUUUGCACUACUACCCUCCAAGUUUGGAGGGGUUUCUGAGAUCCCAAGAUCCAAUUUUUUUGAGUUUCGCCCAAAUUUAACCUCAUCUCAUCACCCUCGUUUUCGUCAGAGCAAGACAUUGAGAGUCUCAGCUUCGGUCUCGGCCCCUAACCUGGAGCUCCGAACCGGUCCCGAUGAUCUUGUUUCCUCCAUACUUUCCAAGGUUACAGAAUCUGACAGAGGUGUUUUGCUUAAAAAAGAGGAGCACAUGAAUGUAGCUGAAGUGGCUCAAGAGUUGCAGAAAUAUUGUGUCAAUGAGCCAGUGAAAUGCCCUCUUAUUUUUGGAGAUUGGGAUGUGGUGUACUGCUCGGUGCCAACAUCACCUGGGGGUGGGUACAGAAGUGCAUUGGGUCGCAUUUUUUUUAAAACCAAAGAAAUGAUUCAGGGUAUAGAAUCUCCUGACAUUGUCAAAAACUUAGUGACCUUUUCUUUUUUUGGAUUCCUGGAGGGAGAGGUCUCUUUGAAAGGAAAGCUGAUAGCACUAGAUGAAGAAUGGGUCCAAGUGAUAUUUGAGCCACCUGAAUUGAAGGUUGGAGCUUUGGAAUUCCGGUACGGUGGUGAAAGUGAGGUGAAACUUCGGAUCACAUAUGUUGAUGACAAAAUCCGGUUGGGGAAGGGGUCCAAAGGUUCUCUAUUUGUUUUCCAAAGACGCAAUACUUCUGUGUGAAAAAAAAUAAAAGAUUAAUCAUCAUAUUAAUUGUUGGUAAAUUAUAAGUAGACCAAGACAGUUCUGUUCUGUGUCCCCUCCCUAUAUGUACAAUAAGUUUCAUCUAUAGUUAAUUAAUGUGUAGCAAUCAUCAGUAAGUACAA